AAUUGUUCCGACGUGUAGUAUCUGACUCGUCGGCCUUUUGUGGAAUGGCGGAUGGAAUUGUAUGAGAGUGAUUUGGGCUAUUUGGUUAAAAUUUGUUGUUGAAGAUGUCGCUAUCAGCAGCACGUCCUCUUAUUAGUAUAUACAAUGACAAAAAUGAGCCAUUGGGCACAACUGUUGCUUUGCCUGCAGUCUUCAAGGCCCCAAUUAGGCCUGAUAUUGUGAAUUUUGUGCAUGAUAAUAUGGCAAAGAAUCAUCGUCAGCCAUACUCUGUAAACAAAGAUGCAGGUCAUCAGACUAGUGCUGAAUCAUGGGGUACUGGACGUGCUGUGGCACGUAUUCCUCGCGUGCGUGGUGGGGGUACUCAUCGUUCAGGUCAGGGAGCUUUCGGGAACAUGUGCCGAGGUGGGAGAAUGUUUGCUCCCACCAAGCCGUGGCGUCGCUGGCAUAGACGCAUCAACAUAAACCAGAAGCGCUAUGCCCUCGUGUCUGCUAUUGCUGCAAGUGGUGUUCCAGCACUUGUGAUGUCAAAAGGUCAUUUAAUUCAAGAUAUACCUGAACUUCCGUUGGUAGUGGAUGAUAAGGUGCAGGAAUAUUCAAAGACCAAGCAGGCUGUCGUUUUUUUGCGCCGCAUAAAGGCGUGGGCUGAUAUUCAGAAGGUGUACAAGUCAAGAAGAUUUCGUGCUGGCAAGGGUAAGAUGCGAAACCGUCGACGCAUCCAGCGGCGUGGCCCUCUCGUCAUCUACGGACAAGAUCAGGGUUUGACAAAGGCAUUCCGUAACAUCCCUGGUGUCGACCUGAUAAACGUGUCUAAACUGAACCUGCUGAAACUGGCCCCUGGAGGUCAUGUGGGACGUUUUGUGAUCUGGACACAGUCUGCCUUCUCCAAAUUGGAUGAAUUAUUUGGUUCUUGGCGUAAGACAUCUAAACUGAAGAAGGGUUACAAUUUACCUAUGCCCAAAAUGGCAAACACAGAUUUGACUCGCCUGCUGAAAGCUGAGGAAAUUCGGUCUGUUCUACGUGCUCCAAUAAAGCAGAAGCGUAGUGUGAAGAAGCUGAAUCCACUGACUAACACACGUGCAAUGCUGAGACUGAAUCCAUAUGCUGCAGUUUUGAAACGCAAGGCAAUCCUUACAUCACUCCAGAGCAGGCGCAAACGGCAAGAGCUGCUUGCCAAGAAGCGAGGGAUUACAUUGGAGCCAACGGCAGCAGAAGCCAGGGCUCGGAAGUUGCAGGAGCAACGGCGUGCUGCUAUUCAAAAAGCUAAGGCCGAAAAAGCCAAGAAACCUAAAGUUGAGAAGGAGGAAAAACCUACACCAGGCAAGGAAGGUAAGAAGGCCAAGACACCAGCAAAGGGAGACAAGACACCAGUGAAGGGAGCCAAGGCACCAGGGAAGGGAGGCAAGGCACCAGCGAAGGGAGCCAAGGCACCAGGGAAGGGAGGAAAGGCACCAGCAAAGGGAGGCAAGGCAGCAGCUAAGGAAGCCAAGGUGCUAGGUAAGGAAGCCAAGGCGCCAGCUAAGGAAGCCAAGGCGCCAGCGAAAGAAGCCAAGGCGCCAGCUAAAGAAGCGAAGGCACCAGCUAAGGAAGCCAAGGCUCCAGCUAAAGAAGGCAAGGCGCCAGCAGAGGAAACCAAGAAAGUAGCAGAAGGGUCUCCAAAGAAGUAAAAUGUAAAUUAUGUUUCAGAUUUGGGUCACGAAUAAAAAUAUUGCUUAAAAUUAAA